UGAACAGCUUUAUUGCAUAUAGAACUAGCAGUCCAUGAUGGAAAAUUAGACAAUAUCUUUGUUCAAUAACUUUCCUGAAUUUAUGUUCUGCAAGAUGUUGCAUUCACGCGAGGCAUAUCUUGAUAAACAUAUUUGCGUUCCUUAGAAACAUGGAAAAAAAAAAAAGAUUUUUAUUAUGUGGAAUCAAAAUUUCGAGGCAUUGAAGUAUGUAUUGUCAAAGUUAAUAGUUCAGUCAUAUCGGCUGUGUGUACUUGCCUUGCAGGACAAAGUUUACUUGAGCUAGCAGAUGAUGCAUGUUUUUUUGUAAGCAUAACAUGAAAAUAUCCAUAACUAAAUUUAAGCACAAGCUAAGUAUUUUGCUCACAUUUAUACUGUGUUUUGCUUAAUUCUGUAGACAUGCAUCCUUGCACAAGCAAUAGUUUAGCUUAUUACAAGAAAAGUAAGUUUAUAAUUAGGGAUGUAGUUUUGUUUCCAAUAACCUGCAAUUCCAACACAUAAAAACAUCCCACUCAACAGCUGAAUUUUUAAUACUUCAAAGUUUAAGACGUGCCUCAUUUUUAGGCUGAUGAUGUAAUUUAUAAUUAAAUUCGGGUUAGAUGUAUUGUUUGUAUAAAAAUUAGUUUAUCUCCUGUGAAAGAUUUCUGGAUAUUUUUCAAAAAACUGUGUUUUAUCUUAUUCAUUUUACUAUAGCUGUCAUUAAAAAUUACACUUUUAUUUACUGGUAUGACUGCAUUUGAUUACUUUGCUGUUUACACGGAGACAAACUAAAUCACAAAAUGCCAAGGUUUGGUCAGGAUGGCAUGUUAGUGCUAAAUGUUGCAGAAAAGAACGAUGCUGCAAAAUCUUUGGCAAAUAUAAUGUCAUCUGGACGAUUUAAUAGGAAGGAAGGAUAUUCUAAGUUUAACAAGAUAUACGAGUUUGAUUAUAGACUAUUUGAACAUAACUGCAAAAUGAUAAUGACGUCAGUAUCGGGACAUCUCAUUGAUUUGGAUUUUUCAGGUGGUUAUAAAAAUUGGAACCAGUGCCAACCAAACGUUUUAUUUGAGGCUCCUAUAGAAAGAUUUAUACCAGAAAGGUUUGAGAAUAUUAAGAAAACGUUGCAGAGAGAAAUCAGAAAGUGUCAAGCAUUGAUAAUAUGGACAGAUGGUGAUCGAGAAGGAGAAAACAUUGGCUUCGAAGUUAUAGAAGUUUGUAAAGAAGCCAAAGCAUCAGUUCGUGUAUACAGAGCAAAAUUUUCAGAAAUCACUCCAAGGGCUGUAACUCUUGCAUGUCAAAACUUGGUUUCACCUGAUGAAAACAUAUCAAAUGCUGUUGAAGUAAGAAGAGAGUUGGAUCUUAGAAUAGGUGCUGCUUUCACCAGAUUACAGACUCUCCGUUUAACAAAAAGAUUUCCAAACGUUCUUUCUAAAAAACUUAUCAGUUAUGGAAGCUGCCAAUUUCCAACCCUUGGAUUUGUUGUUGAGCGGUAUAAUCAAGUGGAAAAUUUCAUUGUGGAAGUAUUUUACAAAGUAAAAGUCACUCACACGAAACAACAAUGUGUUACAGAGUUUUCUUGGAAAAGAGGUCGAGUUUUCAAUCGAGAAGUUUGUUUAAUGUUUUGUAACUUGUGUCAGGAGAAUCCAACAGCUAAAGUUACCAAAGUUGCAUCAAAACCCAAAAGUAAAUGGAGACCUCUACCUCUUGAUACGGUGGAAAUGGAAAAACUGGCAUCGAGAAAGUUAAAAAUCAAUGCAAAAGAAACCAUGAAGAUUGCAGAGAAACUUUAUACUCGAGGUAUUAUUAGUUAUCCACGAACAGAAACAAAUAUAUUUCCCAAAGGUAUGGACUUGGUACAGCUUGUUGAGAAUCAAACAACUGAUGCAAGAUGGGGAGCAUUUGCAUCAAGCAUACUAAAUAACGGUGGCCCAAACCCAAGACAGGGCAAAAAGACUGACAAUGCACAUCCACCUAUUCAUCCUACCAAAUGCAGUAACGACUUACAAGGAAAUGAACAGAAGAUUUACGAACUUAUUGUCAGACAUUUUCUGGCUUGCUUGUCUCAGGACGCACAAGGUCAGGAAACUAUAGUAGACAUCUGCAUUUCAAACGAACAGUUUUCUGGGCAAGGCUUAAUGAUACUUGCACGUAAUUACUUGGAUGUGUACACAUAUGAACAAUGGAACGGGAAGGAGAUAUCUAAUUACCAGAAUGGAGAAACGUUCCAACCAGACAGAAUUGAGAUGCUGGAAAGUGAGACGAAGGCUCCCUCAUUGCUACGUGAAGCAGAUCUGAUUUCUUUGAUGGAGAAAUAUGGCAUUGGUACUGAUGCUACACAUGCUGAACACAUCGAGACAAUAAAGAAUCGAGAUUAUGUUGGUGUUCAACCCGAUGGAACUUUUUUACCCGGACAACUUGGCAUGGGAUUAGUGAAAGGAUACGAUUCAAUGGGUUUCGCUAUGUCUAAGCCCAACCUUCGUGCAGCACUUGAAGCAGAUCUGAAAUGUAUUUGUGAAGGUCGCAAAAGGAGCUUUGUGGUUCUGGCUGAACAAAUUAAUAGUUAUCGCAAUGUAUUUUUGGAAGCAGCUUCUCAGGUUGAGAAAUUAGAUGAAGCACUAUCAAUGUAUUUUGGCUUACCAGAACACCUUGAAGAAAAUGAUGCAAUUGCAAAUAUAUCUCAGCAAAUACAAAAGUGUGCAAAGUGUAAUACGAAUGACAUGUUUCUUCGCAAAACAAAAGAGCAAAGAUGGCUAUUGGGAUGUAUGGGUUAUCCAAACUGCCGAAAUAGUAUAUUCUUUCCUUCUUUUGUGUUGAAUGUUUCAAAGACAGAAUCGUUUUGUUCCUUGUGUAAGCCACGAGUGUUUUGCAAGCUUAACAUAGAGUUUAAACCAGGAUCUGUUCCACCACAAUUGCCAAACACGUAUAGCGGUUGUGUUGGUGGAUGCGAUGAAAUGCUGAAUGAAAUACUUAACUUGAAUAGAAAAGAUGCACUACCACAUCGCAAUGCAACACAGACAGUUAGGGACAACACCCGCCGUAAGGGUAGUAACUCCACAAACGCAAGAGGUCAACCUGCUCCCAACAAUCGUGGAACGUCAGGACAAGACGGGGAAGAUGAUGGUGACAAUGUGAUUGUCUGCAGUUGUGUUGUACCUGCAUUGAAGCUAACUACAAAAAAAGGUCCCAACGCAGGACGACAAUUUUAUAAAUGCGGCCAGUCAAAUAAGCAAUGUAAUUUCUUUUUAUGGGCGACUGGGACGGAAGUAAAGACAUCGAGUGGUGGAAUUUCUCGGUGUAACUGCAACCAAGAAGCAAUAAAGCGUACCGUCUCGAAAGAUGGGGCGAACAAGGGACGACAGUUCUACUGUUGUAAGAAAGGACGAGAUCAACAGUGUGGUUUCUUUCAAUGGGUUGAUGGCGAGUGAAGAUAGAAAGAGUUGCGAUUUACGACCAGUUACGGUGCUAACUUCACCUUAGAGUUGCGGUUUACGACCAGUUACGGUGCUAACUUCACCUUAGAGUUGCGAUUUAUGGCCAGCUACGGUGUUAAGUUCACUUAUCCGUCAAUUACAUAGUCACUGAGAGUAAUCUACAAUAAAAUAUGUAUAUAUAUUCUUUAAGUCUUCUGGGCUUAAAUAUCGUGUAAAAACUUAUCUUUCCACAAUUUGUAAUAUAAUGUACAAAAACAAAA